UUGGAGGAUGUGGAUGACAGUGCCGCCAAUGAUGGGAUAAUUGCGGCCGACCCAUCAGCGGAUUCGGAACCUAUAGACUUGUCCAAGUUGGUCUACAGGAGUACCCGAUUGAUGAGGUAGAGUGCGACGAGCAGUAGUAGCGCGAGUGAGGGAGACUGGAAUGAAGAAAAAUGAACAGGUCUGUUGGAUAGGAAUUGGUGUUUGUUUUGUGUGUUUGGGUAGGUGAGCGAGCGAGCGAUUGAGCACUUGAAUGGGUAGGUGAACGAAAUGGCUAGGAAAGGUUAUUUAAUGUUUUGGGUUGGGACGAGGUCUCCCGCUGCUCUGCUUUUUCUGGUAAAACAAAACCAUCCAUCUAUGAUCUCUGUCUAUAUAUCCUCAAAAGAAAUCUCGGCCUUCUUCUCUCUCGCACUUUUUCCAGUUAUAUCAUGUCCUGUCAUGUCGUGUCAGGUAUGGCGUUGGGGUUCGUCUCUUCUUUUUUGGGUGCUUAUACCACUGACGAAUAAUGAAUAUUAUGACACAAAGACAAGACAAAAUUAUCAUGAAUUACGAACCAUCAUCGGACUGAUCUUCUUUUCUACACACGUUUGGCCAAACUUGACGCGGGUCGUAUAGACUGUAAUAUUAAAGAACGCUAAUACUUUUACGGG